UUAAUGCUCCAUUAUUUCCGCGAUGCCUGGAACUCACGAAAAAAUAUGGACCGUGAUUUAUACUUAAACUAUACGCCAAGGUUGCUUGUAAUUACUUGAUUUCCUGCUCAAAUUAUGUUCAAGUCAAAUUCCAAUGUUGUGCAUAAUUUAGUAAAGCACACGUUUAAUUUUGUGUGAAAAUAUCUCGACCCGAGUGGUGUGCCCGGACGGAACGUAGGAUUUCAGCAAGCGGGGGCGAUAUUGAAAGUUGGUAUUAAACAAAAUGGCGACCACGACGAAGAACGGAGAUAAGGAGCAUCAUGAAAAGCUCAUUAGGACCGUUAAAAAAGAGGUCAAACAGAUUAUGGAAGAGGCAGUUACUCGUAAAUUUGUGCAUGAAGAUAGCGGAAGCAUUAUUUCAUUAUGUGCUGCCGUAGAUAACUGUCUAUCGCAAGGCUUGAAGAAAAGAAUCUCCGGGAUUUUUAAAGGGAAUUUAACGACGGCAUCUUUAAUUAAGCAUCUCGCUAAGCACCACCCGGAGGCAGCCGAAGUCGCUCAUAAAGUACAGGAAAUCGAGGCCAGACUUGAAGAGGCUAACAAGAAAAUCAGCAGCAACAGCAACAGUUUAAAUGGAGAAAGUCCCAACAAACCACACACAAGCAUCCGUGCUACACUGCAGCAACGCUAUCUGUGGAUACGUGUCGCCCUCUUUGAGAAAGAGCUCUCCAAGCUCAUUGAGUUCAUCAAUCAAGAAAGCAGCAAGUACUAUGAGAAGGAAGCCCUGAUGGCCGACCCAGUAGAGGGUCCUAUAAUUGCCUCAUUACUUGUGGGGCCUUGUGCUCUUGACUAUUCCAAGAUGAAGACAGCGGACCACUACUGGACCGACCCUCCAGCUGACGAGCUGGUGCAGAGACAUAGGAUUCAUAGUAUGAACCCUGGUGUUAGCUCCAAUACACCGGCAUCUCCAAAGAGACCUGGACUACAGGUCAAGCGUACCCACGGACAGGGGUCAUCAGAUGACCACCGAAGCACACCGCUGUCGGCGAGAGACUAUGUGGAGUCGCUGCACCAAAACUCUAGAAGUACUCUGCUGUACGGGAAGAACAAUGUCAUGGUUCAGCCGAAAGAAGAUAUCCAGCAUAUACCCGGCUACCUGUCUCUGCAUCAGACUGCCGAGCAUCUGACGAUUAAAUGGACUCCAAAUCAACUCAUGAAUGGCGGAGGAGGAAGCUCCGAAGACAGCGAGAUUGACCCUGAAAAAAGUAUUUUUGUGUAUCGAACACGUAUCUACUGGGACUAUGCAGUGACAGUCAACUUGGAGGAUAUUGUGUAUCUACAUUGCCAUCAACAGCCUGACAGCGGUGGAACACUGGUCCUAGUCGGCCAGGAUGGCGUGCAGUAUCCCCCCAUACACUUCCCCAAAGGCGGUCACCUCCUGGCCUUCUUGACCUGCCUUGAGAACGGUCUCCUCCCCAGGGGACAGCUUGAUCCUCCUCUAUGGUCUCAGAGGGGUAAGGGGAAGGUGUUGCCCAAACUGCGCCGUAAAACGUCACCGCUCAGCUCAACUUUAAAGGAAGGCACGCAGAUCUUCGAGGGAGAGGAAGCCACGGAUUAUGUGUUCAGGAUUAUCAAGGCAUUCAAGGCAGAGUAUGUUCCAGAAGACAUGAUUGACCCCAAGAAGGGAAAGUCAGGAGGUUUUCCUUGGAUGUUAAGAGACAGCGGUCCGAGACACACGCUGAUCCGGCAACAUGAGGUCUUAUCAAGCCCUACGGCCACAACGUCUCGUAUCUACUCUCCUUCCUCACCGAAUACUGAAAUACCAGCAAUUGUUGCCGCUACUUCAAGGUCAUCAAUCAAGUUGCUGUGUGAUACUAUGAAGAAACAGAUCAUAUCCAGAGCAUUCUAUGGAUGGCUAGCCCACUGUCGACAUCUGCGCACGGUACGUACUCAUUUAUCCGGUUUGGUGGACGCUAACGUGAUCGGUUUGGAUGCAUCAGAGAGUCUGACUGCCGAGAAAUGGGCAUCAUUCAUGGAGGCUGGAAAGGAGGUAAAUGAAGAUGAGGUGAUGCAAUUGGUUUACUUUGGAGGAGUGGCUCAUAACAUCAGAAAAGAGGUGUGGCCAUACAUGUUGGGACAUUACAAGUUCGGAGCAACAGAAGAUGAGCGAAGAUCAGUCGACGCAAACACACGUAUGACCUAUGAGCAGAUCGUUGCUGAGUGGAUGGCUGUCGAGGCCAUCAUCAAACAGCGAGACAGAGACAACCAAGCCGCAAAACUCUCAUCGGAGAACAGCUCGGAGGGACAGAUCCCCCUGCAAGGUCACGACCCCAGUCUCGACAGCGAGGUCUUCGAGCUGGAAGAAGACAACGAUGAGUAUUUAGAAGCGGGCGAAGUGCGGUCGAGCACGGAGGACAUGUCUCAGGAACAGAAGGAGAUGAUAAAGCGAGAGGACUAUGUCGUCAUCGAGUGCCAGAGUCCCGACAAGGAGAUGGUUGGGUCACACUCGUCGCUGAAACACAAACAGAGCGACACCUCGACGGACGAAGGGAUGGGAGCUAGCAUCGCCAGCUCCUCCAGCGUUCAGUCGAGGGACGGACUGAAGCAUCGGAGCACGACAUGCAGCGAGACAGACGUUGGGCAGGAAUGCGACCAUGAGGUGGAGGACGCUGGUGGGGUGAGAGUGGAACUGUGCAAUGGUGACGAGGCAUCUGGUGUCGAGGAGAGUAAACAUGUGGACACGAUGAAGAAGGAUAUUAUCUCAAGCACGCUGAAUAGUCAUCUGACGGCAGAGGGGAUGGCUGUAUCUCCGGCUUCAUCUAACGGGGGAGUGUACACGACGGAGCUGUUGGAUACAUUCAGUCUGAAUCUACACCGUGUGGAUAAGGAUGUCCAGCGCUGCGAUCGUAACUAUCACUACUUCAACGAUACCAACCUGGAGAAACUACGGAAUAUCAUGUGUAGCUACGUCUGGGAGCAUCUGGACGUUGGAUACGUACAGGGAAUGUGCGAUUUGGUGGCACCGCUGCUGGUCAUUAUUGACGAUGAAGCAAAGACGUACAGCUGUUUCUGUGAGUUGAUGAAGAGGAUGAGUAAGAACUUUCCCCACGGUGGGGCAAUGGAUACACACUUUGCAAACAUGAGGUCGCUCAUACAGAUUCUCGACUCUGAGAUCUUUGAGUUGAUGCAUCAGAACGGUGACUACACUCAUUUCUAUUUCUGCUAUCGAUGGUUCUUACUGGACUUCAAAAGAGAGCUUGUGUACGAUGACACGUUUGUUGUAUGGGAGACCAUCUGGGCUGCCAAGCACUGUGCUUCCAGGGAUUUUGUACUCUUCAUUGCAUUGGCGCUGGUGGAAUACUACAGAGAUAUCAUUCUGGAUAACAACAUGGACUUCACAGACAUCAUCAAGUUCUUCAACGAGAUGGCAGAGAGGCAUGAUGCCAAGGCAAUACUCAAAGUGGCUCGUGAGUUAGUGUACAGAGUCCAGACGCUGAUUGAGAACAAGUAAAGAAGAAAAAGAAGAAAAAAAACAGCACCUAGUGACAAGUUUGUGUGUUUGUGCUCAACAAAGACUUGAGCCCUGACUACUCGCCACCCACCCCUCCGGUCCUCAAACUACCUCCAUCCGAAGUCUUCUUGUUGUCCAAGCUUUCUUCUUUAUCAUCUCACUACUUCGUUUCACCUGUCUCACCUUCAACCUCACCUGUAAUUUUUGUUCCUCCUGCCGCCGAUUUCACAAAACUUAACGCAACUGCGUAAGUCCACUUGCUCAAUGAUUAGCGCAAGUGGACUUACGCAGUUGUGUAAAGUUUCAUGAAAUCUGUUGCAGUUCUUUACACUUCUGAAUCCCCAUCUCACUUGUAUCCUUCCCGCUGUCUGACCUUUGAUCCUGACCCCCUUCCUGGUUUCCUUAACCCCUCUCCUCCCCCUUCCUCAGUCAGAGCACUACACAGUCACUUCAGCGCAUAGUCGUCACAUUCCGUAGUCAGCAAUAUUUGCAGAUAGUCUUACUGCAAUCACUCCCGGAUCCUCUAGUCAGGUCACGUAUCCUUGAACCACCCACCCCC